AUGACAAAAUUAACAGUGUUGGAAAAAGGACCAAUUCAGCUGCUAGACGUGAAAAAACUUUCACUCGGUAGGAAAAAACUUCCCGGAUCUGUCGGUGUCCCCAGUACAAUAUUGGAACCUCCAAAUGUGUACAAGAGCAGAUGGCGAUCAAUUAGGGUCAUGUACCUCACUAUGUUUCUUAGUAGUGUGUCAUUCUCCAUAUGUAUGUCCUCCAUAUGGCCUUACCUACAGUUGCUGGACCCGUCUGCUACCACUAACUUCCUAGGCUGGGUGGUGGCUUCAUAUAGUUUGGGACAGCUGCUAGCCUCUCCAUUCUUUGGUUUCUGGGCUAAUAAAAGAAAAAGAAGUCGAGAACCCCUGGUUGUGUCCCUUAUCAUCAAUAUACUAGCGACUGUCCUGUACGCAUAUCUUCAAAGUCUAAACUCGCAUCGGAGUAUAGCACUUCUUCUAUCCAGAGCAUUCAUAGGCUUUGGAGCAGGUAAUGUAGCCGUUGUGCGGUCCUAUGUGUCUGGAGCUACUACUACACGUGAGAGGACAGGGGCAAUGGCUAGUAUGAGUGCCUGUCAGGCAGUGGGCUUCAUAUUUGGACCAUCAAUCCAGACAGCGAUGGUGCCUAUAGGAUGGCCUGGACCUGUCCACGAGGCUGCUUUCCACAUUGAUCUCUACACAAUGCCUGCUUGGCUUAGCGCUGUUGUUGGCGUCAUCAACAUAAUACUUUUGGUGGUAGUUUUUCAGGAGCACAAAGUUGACAAUGAUGAGGAUAUAAACUUCAAUAUCCAAGGAGGUGACGAAAUGCCCGACUACACACCAGAUCGUACAGCUGUCAUCGCCUCACUCAUACUAUUCUUCUUCGUUUUAUUCCUCUUUACAGUGUUUGAAACUAUUGCCACGCCAUUAACGAUGGAUAUGUUUUCCUGGACAAAGAGUGAAGCCACAUUGUAUACAGGGAUCAUCCUAGCUGUUGGUGCAGUAGUCUCUGUUUUUGUCUUUUUUGUCGUCAAAAUCCUCGUCAAAAGGUUCAACGAGCGCUAUAUCCUAAUAGGGGGAUUUCUAUUCUGCCUGUGUGGGUUCGCCAUCUUCCUGCCAUGGGGAAACCAUUACCCAGAUUACCAAGAUCAAGACUUAGUACCAUCCGCACUAGCUAAUCCUACAAUUGCGCCAAACUCAACCGCAGCAACAAAUUGGUCAACACCUUUUAUAACGACCCCGGAUAGCAACAGUUCAACAGGUGAUGAACCCGAGAAGAGGGGUUGUCCUAUUUCCUACAAGUGGUGUGCUUACACACCGCGAAUACCUUUACCUCAGUUCCUCGUGGGCACACUCAUGAUUGUCAUUGGCUACCCCAUUUGUAACUUGAUGAUAUACACACUGUUCUCAAAAGUCCUUGGACCCAAGCCGCAGGGGGUAAUGAUGGGACUUCUCACCGGUUCUGGGAGCCUGGCACGAACCCUCGGACCAGUGUUUGUUAGUCAGGUGUAUAAUGCCUAUGGACCGAGAGUAACGUUUAUAUCCACGUGUGGGAUAAUAAUCCUGUCAUUAGUUGGAUGUUUAUCAGUGUUUAAGAAACUUGUACCAUUUAGAUACCAACAAAGUAACAAUUUGUAAUGCGACCAUAUUAAUAAUGUGGUGCACUGGACUACUUAUCAUAUCAUGAAAUAACCUGUGCUAUUUGACAUAUUUUCAAUUGCCAAGACGGUGAGA